CUACAUUUCCCACAGUGCUACAAUAAUAACAUCGUAGGAGGCUGAGGCGGAGCAGGAAGGAAAUUGCUGUAGUCGGGACUGGGGUCACUAAUAAGCGCUUCAUUUUGCGGGAAAACGAUUUUAAGCUUAUGAUCUUCUCUGCAGCGGCCGGUCUGUUCUCUGCGGGUCUGCUUAUAAGUACUCACCUUAGCGCGGCAAAGUGUGUAGUUUAGUAAUGCGGUGUGAUAGUUUUGUCUGACAGCCACUUACCCCUCCCCACACUACACAACACGUUAUUGUGAUUAGUAAUGAUAAACACUGGGAUUAUUCAUUUAAUUGGGGUGUGUUUUAAUUAUGUGGAUAGGGCUAUAUGAAGUCUUGUAAACGUAGUUGUUUGUUGUGACUUUUUGUUAAGUUCAAUUUUCUUGUGACUGGAUAGAGACUCCUGUGUGCUAGUGCAUAGGGAAGCAUCUGUGUCCCUGGUAUUGCUAGAGUGUAGGGAAGCAUCUGUGUUCCUGGUCUCCUAUAGUGCGUAAAGCAGCAUAUGUGUCCCUGGUGCACCAGUGUGUAGGGCAGCGUCUGUGUCCCUGGUCUACUAUAGUGCACAAAGCAGUAUCUGUGUCCCUGGUGUGCCAGUGCAUAAAGCAGUAUCUGUGUCCCUGGUGUGCCAGUGCAUAUCUGUGCACCUGAUGUGCCAGUGGAUAAAGCAGCAUCUAUGCCCCUGGUGUGCUAGUGCAUAAAGCAGCAUCUGUGUCCCUGGUGCUCCAGUGUGUAGGGCAGCAUCUGUGUCACUGGUUUCCUAGUACAUACAGUAACCCAUAUAUCCUCGUGUGCCAGUGCAUAAAGCAGUAUCUGUGGUCAGUCUUAAUAGCUUUAUUCCAGAAAAUAAGAUGGAGCAAGCUUCUGAGGUGUUGGGACAGUCACCAGACAACAGCACAGUGAAAUGCCCAGUUUGUGCCCUAGUGAUGACCACUUUAGAGAUUAACUCUCAUCUUGAUUCCUGCCUACAGUUAAAUCCGAGUGGUGUGGUGCCCAAAAAAAGGCGCCGUUGUUCUGAUGAGGAACAAGCCACUGAAUGUUCUGGUCUUGGGAAACCUCAAGGUUCAGCAGCACUUAGUUUCUCCUUGUUUAAUAAACAUAAGUCCACUGAGUCACUUUGUGAAGAGAACCGAUCUAAGUUGCCUUUCUUUUCUGCACCCUCACCUAAAAGGACUGAGACAAAUAGCAAGUGGCAGGAUAGGAAUGCAGGGUCCUGUUCUGGGGUCCAAAAACCAGACCAUUUUUACAGAGGGCAGAAAUCAGAACAUGAGACCACCGAAGACCAACAGAAAGAGAAGAGCUUGGCAGAGAGAUUAGAAGGCAAACCUCUGGCUGACAAAAUGAGGCCUUGUACCCUGCAGGACUACAUGGGCCAAAAUAAAGUACUGGGAGAAAGCACCAUGCUUAGAACCCUGCUUCAAGCCAAUGACAUCCCUUCUAUCAUACUUUGGGGGCCUCCUGGCUGUGGCAAGACGACACUUGCCCACAUAAUUGCCAAGAAUACCAACAAAAACAGUACUCGCUUUGUGACGUUGUCAGCCACAAGUGCCUCCACUAAUGACGUGCGUGAGUACAUCAAGCAAGCCCAAAAUGAGCUGAAACUUUUCAAGAGAAAAACUAUCCUAUUUGUGGAUGAGAUCCAUCGUUUCAACAAAUUGCAACAGGACACUUUUCUGCCACACGUGGAGUGUGGUACAAUCACUCUUAUUGGAGCAACAACAGAAAACCCUUCUUUCCAGGUGAAUAAUGCUUUGCUAAGCCGCUGUAGAGUUAUUGUCCUGGAGAAGAUCUCUGUGGAAGCGAUGGAGGCUAUCUUAAUGCGAGCUGUGAACUCCUUGGGAAUCAAGGUUCUAGGAGAGGAUGAGAAGGCUGAUUGCAGCAGCAGUGAUGCAUCAGAAUCUCCAAUGUAUAUUGAGGCAAAAGCUUUAACAACGUUAGCACAUCUGUGUGAUGGUGAUGCCAGAACUGGACUUAAUGGCCUGCAGCUGUCCGUUCAAGCUAGACUUUCAGCAGGAACCGAUCCACAAAAAUCUGGAAUGGUAAUACAGGAGGAGCACAUAAAGGAAGGUUUACAGCGCUCCCAUAUUCUCUACGACCGAGCCGGAGAAGAACACUACAACUGUAUAUCCGCACUACACAAAUCUAUGCGCGGAUCUGAUCAGAAUGCCUCUCUAUAUUGGCUUGGUCGAAUGCUUGAGGGCGGAGAGGACCCACUUUAUGUGGCUAGGCGUCUGGUAAGAUUUGCAAGUGAAGAUAUAGGACUGGCUGAUCCAUUGGCUUUAACUCAAGCAGUAUCGGCUUACCAAGCCUGCCAUUUUAUUGGAAUGCCAGAAUGUGAUGUAAUACUGGCUCAGUGUGUCAUGUACUUGGCCCGUGCACCAAAAUCGAUAGCAGCGUAUAGUGCAUACAGUAAAGUAAAGGAAUGCUUGAAGAACCAUAAGGGCCCACUGCCACCUGUUCCGCUCCACCUGAGGAAUGCGCCAACAAAGCUAAUGAAGGGUUUGGGUUAUGGUAAAGGUUAUAAAUAUAACCCCAUGUUCAGACAGCCAGUUGAGCAGGAUUACAUGCCUCCAGAAAUGAAAGGAUUCAAAUUUGUUUGAUACAUCUGUAUUUGUCCUGUGAACCUGUCUUAUUGUGCUAUGAAUGUUGCCAUUUUCUUUCCUGAGCUAUAAUGUUUCUACCACUAUUAUAUUUGCAAACCAAACAUAAAGAUUAUUUUUGGCCAUUUUUUUAUUUAAUUCUUUUUUUUAUUUUUUUUAUUUAAUUCUUUAAUUCUUCAAAAAAUGCCAUGGUUAAAUAUAUAGUAUAGCAGUGCAAACUGGAAAUCACUCUCCCCCAUUUUCUUCAUGCACUUAGUGAUUUUUAGUUUGUGAUUACAAAAUGUUAUGGCCAGUAGAGUACAGUAUAAAAUAAUGUAUAUAUGCAUCCUGCAGGUAACCGCUCCAAUUACAUGUACAGAAUUUGUAGUGUGACAAAAAAUCUAAGUUGCAAUGUCCUAUUAGCAUUUCCGUUACUGCCAUAAAAACAUCUUACAGUGGCAUUUUAUCCUUGUAUUGGCCACUAGAUGUGUUUGACUGUGCUAGUUUCAUUUUACUGACCAAAUGAAAGGAAUGUGCCCUGGUGACAGAGUAGAUCAUUAUGGUUUUAUUCAAUCUAAUAUAUGUUUAUCAUUUACAGUAUGUUAAUAUUCAUUGACCAUCACUUUAACACUUUGGAUCUCUGCAACAAGUACAUAUGUAUAUGUGACUGUCAAUAUGAUUCUUGAUGGAUACAUUUACAGCUUUAAUAAUUUAUUUCUUGAUCACAUCCCUAUCUUGCAAAUGAUGGGUAGUUACUCAUUGAUUAUGUUCACUAAUAUCAAGUAAACUCACAGAACUGUACAAAACAGUACUUCAAAUCCACUAGAGGCAAAUAUAUACAGUAUAUAUAUAUAUAUAUAUAGAUAAAAUAUAUAUAAUAAAAAAGUACCUUUUUCCACUUGUAUGGAGUCCAGGAGUGCCACCUUGCUGUGUGUGUGUGUGUGUGUGUGUGUGUGUGUGUGUGUGUGUGUGUAUAUAUAUAUGUAUAUAUGUAUAUAUAUAUAUAUAUAUAUAUAUAUAUAUAUAUAUAUAUCAAAUAUUGGUUACUCUUAAAGUGUUCUAUGCUUUUACUUUGACUGCCCUGCAGUGUUUUGUCUGUUAUGUUAAAAAAAAAAAAAAAUUGUGCUCACAAUUAAAUGUUUACUUUUACCUUUGUCAGUUUUAUUAUACAUUUAGUUACUUCUGACGAGUCAUAAGCUAUUAAUAGACUUCUUUUAUCAGCGAACAACAUGUACAACACAUAAUGCAGAUACGUAUUCAGUCUGUUUUCACUCUGCAGACACCUAGAAGGCUUACCCCUGAUUUGGAAUGUGGAUGGUAUUGGGCAUUCUGUCAAUUUAUACAUUCAUGCUAACAUAGCAAUAUUGUAGCGAAGGUGACUUAUUUUUAUAGUAAUUAUUAUUUGGUUUAGGACACAACAACAAGCUGUAACACAUAGCAUCAUCACACA